AUGGACACGUCUCCUGCCCUGCUCCUGCUGCUCGCGCUGGGAUUCUGCUUCCCUGGGAUCUAUGGCCAGAAACUUGAGAUGAAGGUCAGGUCUCCCAAGGACAUCCGGCAGCUCCGGGUGGGACAGAGGCUGGAGCUGGAGUGUCACACUGACAGGAGCCACGGGGCAUCCUGGAUCCGCCAGGACAGCACUGGGACCCUUCACUUCAUUGCCUUCAUCAAUUCCCUGUCCCGGCCCACGUUUGAGGGGGGGCAGAGAACGUCCACACGCUUUGAGGCGAGCAAAGACAGCACGAUCUAUCGGCUGGCAGUGAAAUCUUUCACACCACGGGACCAGGGCUGCUAUUUCUGCGUGAUGAAUCUCAACCAAAUGCUGCAAUUCAGCCCCGGCCAGCGAGCCUUCCUCCCAGCCACCACCACAGUGGCACCCAGCACAACAGCACCCACCACCCAGGGCAGCACCACUGAGGAGCCCAACCUCACAACUGCAGAGCCUGAGGGAGGAAUGCAGGGAGAUCCGAAUUUCUUCUGCCACAUCUUCAUCUGGGUGCCCUUGGCAGGUGCCUGCCUCCUGCUCCUCCUUGCCCUGGUGAUCACCAUCGUGCUGUGCCAACAAACCAGAAGACGAAGAUGCAGGUGCAAGAGACCUGCAAACGGGAAACCCCCCACCAAACCCAGGACACCAAACUAG